CCAAAGAUCUGUUUGCCCGGUAUCCUUUACCAGAAUCUGAUAAGAUUCGUAUUUCAUAUAAAUUACUUUACAAAAAAUAUCUACAUGUCUAUGCCUUGGGUUUUCAUGAACGUUUUGGCGAUCCAGCAAAAUACGAGUUCACAACUACUUUGUCUGAUUUUAAAAAGCGGUUUCAGAAUA